AUGUCAAUGAAGAAUGACGUAAAUUUGUCAUUUAAAGUACAUAAUAGGAUAAUAUCUCGUAUUGGAUUCUGGUUAGCGACGAGUUUUAUCAUUGGUUUAAUAGUAUGGCACAACUUCAAGUUUUGGAUACUGGUUUCGUUUGGGUUUACUAUUUGUCUCGCACUUGUUAUUUAUUCCACAAUUAGAGAUCCAACAACUAGAACGGUUCCUAGUUCUAGAAAAAGGUCCACACGAUUUGCUUUUGUUGACCAAAAAAAUUGGAACCACGAGCUUGAGAAACUCUGUAAGGACGCAAGAAAGUUUGAUGAACCAAUAUUUGAACAAUCAUUUCUUAUAUCUGAAACUCUUGAUGAGUUUGUCAACUUAAUUAUUAAGGAAUUUAUAGACAGUUGGUUUAAACAAAUUUCAAGCAGUACUCUUUUUCAAGACAGUAUUAAACAGGAAUUGAGAUACGUUAUACGAAACUUGAAAGAGAGAUUCGCCAAAAUUGAUGUUGCUAAAUUAUUAGUGUUUCGUAUUUUACCGAUAAUUGAUGACCAUUUCAACCACUUCGUCAAAAUUGAGCAUAGUAUUAAGCUACACGGAAAUGUCUCUAAAGCGCCUUUAGGUUCAAUGGAAUAUGCUAUCUUAGUCGCCCGGCAAUACGAUCGAGGUCGAAUUCAUCCGGGUGUUACAGUUUCACUGAAUUCAAAUGAUGUGAAUGAAAAGAAGCAUUUGAGAAAUAAGGUUGAUUCGAUUCUUCCAUAUCUCUUAUCUUCUGAAGAAGAUGCCAAUAAGACAGGAACUUCAUUGGUAAAAGAAAUUUUAUCAUGUACUAUUUUAUCAAGAGUGAUUGAGCUAUUAGGAGAUAGUGAUUUCUAUAAUCUCUUAAUUGUGAAACUUAUAGGUGAUAACAUCAAGCAUAGGGAACAAGUUAAACAAUUGAGAGCAGCAUUAGAGGAGCAUACUAGACCAUUAAAACACCAGGCUUCAAAAAGCAUUUUAAUGACUUCACUGUCUAAAUAUCUUCAGGAAUAUAAAAAGCUAGUCAAAAAUAGUGUUAUUCAAAAACAUAUGGAUAAUCAAUCCUUCAAUAAAGCAUUACAUAGUAUUUCAAAGACUACAAGUUACUCCGAACUAAGCUUUUUACUGCUGUAUACAGAUUUUCUGUCAUUAAAAAUUAAGGAUGAGAAUACUGGAUCAUCUAAAGAACUUAAUGUGUUAUUAUCGAGGUUAAAUUUGCUUAAGUCAAAAAUUGAUAACAAAUCAGCGCAACUAUCAAAUACAACGGAGAAGAGAUCACAGAAGACUGAGGAUGUAGAAAGUUUAACAUUAUUAGAUAUAGUGAAUAACAGUUCAGGUUUAAAAUUCUUUAUCGAAUUUAUGAAUGACAGGAAAAGAUCAGAAUUGUUUCAACUUUGGUUAGCUAUUGAUGGAAUUAGAGCUCCACUUGAGGAUAUUGAUAUUGAGGACGAUGGAGAAGCCCGAUUAUCAUUAUCUCUUGAGUUCUCUAAUGUAGAAGAUAUCACAAAGAUCUAUAAGGAGUUCUUUGAGAAUCCAAGUAUCGACAUUAAUCAAGACAUAUAUGGCAUAGUCAAAAAAUUCAUCAAUAAUAAGGAUCAUAUGAUCAAAGUAGAAUUAUACCAUAAAGCCAGAAAAGCGCUUUUCAAGUUACAAAAUAAUAUUUAUGAAUGCAUUAGUAACGAUGAUUUUCCACAAUUUAAGAAAUCAGAGAUGUUUUUAAAAUUAUUCGAAACGCACAUUUUCGAUUCAAGGCCGCAUGAAGUUGAUUCACCGAAGUCAUGGUCAAAAUCUGGGAAAUCGAAUUUCAAUAAGGUGACUGAUGUUUUAGAAGAUUCUAGCGAGAGUGAAGUUGAAGAAGUUAGUCCUGGUGUUAUCAAGGCUGUCGAAGAUGCAUUUACUCAAAUUAUGAACAAUUCUGAAGAGAACAAAAGUGAAGUAAGAAAAGAUUCCAAAGAUUCGAAAAUAUAUGCCACAUCCGCAGACUUACCAGAUCUGAAUUCAAAUAAUCCGGUUCUGACAAUCCAUUUGAAAAGAGAUUUAUUUGGUGAAUCUUCUAAUUUGUUUAGUAAUGAUAGUAUUAAAUUCUCAACUAAUAGCAGAAACACUAAAUUAUUUGAUGAUAUAAGUGAUGAAUCUUUUUCUGAUAGUGAUUCAAUAAACUUCGAUUCAGACUCUCAAAAUCAAAGCUUGGGCUUGCUGAACCCUUCACAUUCCGAUCUGCAAAUAUUCUUAGCCGCGCCCGGUAAUCUACGUCUAGCUGAAGAAAUAUCUAAAUUAAGUGAAGAGAUUGAGAAGUUAUUUGAGCAACAAGCCGUUCUAAACCCAUUAAUAAAAAAGGCAGAGCUAACUAAUAACGUUAGUGAAUUAAAGAUUUUAAGGAAAUCUAAAAUUAGUUUAGAUAGAGAAAUUAAUGCGAAGGAAUUGCAAAAGCAGCAAUUUAUUGUUCAAGAAAACGACAACAGUUUGUAUGGAAAGUCUAGGGUAAGUAUUCAGUCAUAUAUUAGUGGGAACGAAAAUGGAAAAGACUUUAUUCUCUAUAUUGUUGAGGUACAAAAGUUGUCCGGUGAUGAUGAAAACAAUGUUACUGCUGGAUGGAUUGUAGCAAGAAGAUUCAGCCAAUUUUUUAGAUUAAACGAAUACUUAAAAUCUCGAUACCCACCAGUAAUGAAUAUGAAAUUUCCCAAAAGGACAGUUCUGGUUUUGAAAUUUCAACAGAAGCAAAUAGUCGAGCAAAGAAAAGCCUUACUUGAAGAAUACCUACAACAGUUAUUAAGGAUACCUGAAGUUUGUUCUAACAAAGUGUUCAGAUCCUUUCUCUCUUCUGAAACUUUUAUUUUGAGAAAUAACCAAUCAAUUGACGGUAAUGCUAAUGUUAAUUUGAGUAAACUAAAAGCCAGUGUUGAGAUAGUGGCAAAUAAGCUUUAUAACGGCAUCUCGGGCAAAAUUGCGCUGAACGCAUUUGGUAAUACGGAUAGGAGUUUAUCAGAUCCAGCAUUGGAAACAUAUAUUAAAGAUAUGCAGAAUGAAUUGAAACAGUUUGAUGAGGCUGAACACUCAAAUAGCACUGAAAAACCUGUUUUCGUCAAGCCUAUUUGCGAUCUAUUAAUAUCAGUUUUCAGACUUAAUACCCCGAAGAGUUGGCUACGAGGCAGGGCCCUUUUGGUCAUCCUACAUCAAGUAUUUGGGAACACUCUCGAGAAAAAAGUGUAUGAAGUAAUGGAUUAUUUUUUGAAAACAGAAGAGAAUGUGCUCGAUAUAUUAAUAUGGGGAAAGAAUAUUAUAUUCCCCAUGGGGAGAUUCAUGGAGUCGCCAGAGCCACGAAACUCGUAUCAGAGGUCUACAACGAAGCAAGAAGCCAAGGUCCUAUUCGAAAUAUUCAUGCAAGAAACCUGUUCCAAAAUUUUUGGCUUAGCGAACACGACAUAUGCAUGUAAUAACAUACUUGAAAUGCUUCAAAAUGAUUUUCUUAACAAGCAUCUAAUUUUGCAAGUUUUCGACGAGAUAUUACGUCAAUUGUUUCCAGAAGCAACUAUCGAUGUAUCAUCAGUGUCUGUAUAG